AUGGAGGACAACACGUCGCUACAUAACACCUCUUUUAAGUCCCGGCGCAAAACUCUACCAAGAGACCAACGACUACGCUGCGCUCUGGUCCUCCUGGCCGUGUUCCUGCUGAGCUCAGCAGGGGUUCUAUUGGUGGCCCUUGCUAUGAGGCGGGCCGGCCCCACGUCACUUGACACCCAGUCUGCAAAGCAUGCUGGGAGAUGUUCACCAGACCACAGAAGACAACAGCAGAAGGAUGAAGACAAGAAUCCAAGUGCCUUGCUCACAGUUGCGGAAGGCAAUACAACAGACGGCCAAUAUCUGCGGUGGGGGACUGAGCACCACAACGCUCACCUUCACGGAGGGUUCUCCUAUUCCGACGGCAGCCUGGUGGUGCCCAGGACCGGACUCUACAGGGUCUACCUGCAGGUCACCUACUGGAUCCCGGAUGACUUCAAAUACGACACUUGCCCUUUGCUCCUGGAAAACAUUGUGUACAUUUUCAGGACCAGCUAUGAAGAGGACAUGCCUCUGCUGUCAACCAAGCACACAUUAGGCUGCAGCACCAAGAAUCGGUAUGAAACCGUUUACACCGCGGCGUCGUUUGAAUUGGACGCUCAGAGCAAGCUGAGGGUGACGUCAACACUGGAACAUCUCAUCUCUGUCGACGCUACUUCCGUCUUCUUCGGGGCGGAAUUUCUCCCUUAG